GUUUCUAUUCAUUCUUUAUUGAUUUCAUGAACUGGGUUUGAAUCAAAUAUUAAAUUAAUCAUAUAAAAAUCAUUUCUUUAGAGUUUUCUUACAGUUCACACCAUCGCGUAUCACCAACGAUAUCCAAUUCCGUUAAAAACAGGGUGUCGGGUGCACCUUUUAAUAUCAUAUAAACAAAUUUUAAUGGUUUUUUUAGUUGUUCAUGUUUGAUAAAAAUGCGGUUGCUUUUAUCUUCUUCCACAAAUUCAAAAAAUAACUCAACUAUACUUUUUGCAAGAAACAUUAUAAUUGUGAUAGCAGUUAUGUUUUUUAUAUGUGGUUUACUUCAUUUACUUGUGAGGUAUUUAAUGAAAAGAAAAAGGUUAUUAUCUUUAUCUUCAAAUUCACAUUUUCAAUCUUCAAGAUUUCAAGAAAAUGAAGGUGAGAGUGAUGCAUAUGACAGACAAUUACAACAGCUUUUCAAUCUGCAUGAUUCUGGGUUAGAUCAAGCUUUCAUUGAUGCACUUCCUGUUUUUUCUUACAAAGAAUUAAUGGGGUUGAAAGAGCCUUUUGAUUGUGCUGUUUGUCUUUGUGAAUUUACACAACAAGACAAUUUGAGGUUAUUGCCUUUAUGUAGUCAUGCUUUUCAUAUGCAUUGUAUAGAUACAUGGUUAUUGUCAAAUUCAACUUGCCCUUUAUGUAGAGGAACACUUUUUAGUCCUGGUUUUUCGGUUGAGAAUCCUGUUUUUGGGUUUACUGGACCGAUGGAAGAAGCCGAUGAUCAAGGGCAUUUUAAUCAUUUUAAGCCGUCUGAAGGCGGGGUAAUUAGUAAUGAGAAGAGAGUGUACCCGGUUCGACUUGGUAAGUUUAGAGCAACAAAUGUUGUAAAAAGAGACGAAAAGGAAGUCGGGGAGACAAGUAAUAGUAAUUUCGAUGCAAGAAGAUGUUAUUCGAUGGGAUCUUAUGAAUAUGUUGUUGGAAAUUCGGAUUUGAAAGUUGCAUUUGUGCCUAAUAAAGGUAAUAGUAAUAGAGGAAGUUUUGGUAUUAAAGAUGUUGCUACAAGAAUUGUUGAUAAAGAUAAAGGAAAUACCUCAAGUGAUGGAUGUAGUGAUGGAAAGAAAAUUAGUAAUAGAAGUAAAGGUGAAAGCUUUUCAGUUUCCAAGAUUUGGCUUUGGUCUAAAAAAGAUGUUCAUAAAGGUCAAGUUUCUUCAGGUACACAUAUGGUUAAUUCAUCUGUUAAUGUUAGUUUACCUUUUAGAAAUACAAAUAAUCCUCAUAGUUGAACAUUCAAAAGCUGUUGUUAAUGGAGUUUUUGUUGAGUUUUUUUAUUAGUUGAGUGAAGAUUUCUGUUUA